CCUCUGGCGGCGCGCGCCGCUCGGACAACGCGGGCACCAUGGGCUGCUGCACCGGGCGCUGUGCGCUCAUCGGCCUCUGCGCGCUGCAGCUGCUCUCAGCCUUAGAGAGGCAGAUCUUUGACUUCCUCGGCUUCCAAUGGGCGCCCAUCCUUGGAAACUUUCUACAUAUAAUAGUCGUCAUACUGGGUUUGUUUGGAACCAUUCAGUACAGACCUCGAUAUAUCGUGGUGUAUACAGUAUGGACUGCCCUCUGGGUCACCUGGAAUGUGUUCAUUAUCUGCUUCUAUUUGGAAGUAGGUGGGCUCUCUAAGGAUACAGAUCUCAUGACAUUCAACAUCUCUGUACACCGGUCGUGGUGGCGGGAACACGGGCCUGGCUGUGUCCGAAGAGUGCUGCCCCCGUCAGCCCACGGCAUGAUGGAUGAUUACACGUACGUCUCCGUCACCGGCUGCAUCGUCGACUUCCAGUACCUGGAGGUCAUCCACAGUGCUGUCCAAAUACUACUCUCUUUGGUUGGUUUUGUGUAUGCCUGUUAUGUGAUCAGUAUUUUCAUGGAAGAAGAGGACACCUGUCGAAAUAAGUAAUGACUCUGACUCUGAAAAUGCGGCUGCUGAGCUUGACUUAGGAAGCAAAGCACCAAUGACAGCACCUCUCUGCACUGACACGU